UGGGACUGAGCUGUCACUGCGCCAGAGUCACGGAGCAGGGUUCAUGCCUGCACCCCCUGCACAGCUGUUCCAUCCGCCCCGAGGGCGGCCGGGCUGCCGCACAGCUGGGCCCGUGUGUGCGGGGAAGGUUCCUGCAGCUUCCAGACCCUCAGCGAAUCCACACCGUCUCGGGCACAGCUGCCUUGCCGGGAGCUCUUACUGUGAAGGGGCGGGUGCGACCCUGGAGCCGCUGACGUGUGGGAGCGGGGAGGAGAGUGACCGGACGCCGCCGCCUGGGUGUCCUGUCUCCAUCCGACCCCUCCAGCCCCCCGUUCCGCUCCGCGAUGGCGCUCCCGGGCCCGCGCCCCGCUGCCAUCCCGGAGGGCGAGGAGGUCCCCCCGGCGGCCUGUAACGGGGAGCACCGGGCGCCCUGCGGCCAGGAUGAGACGGCCGUGUCCAGGCUCCAGCGCAGGCACAGCGACGUCAGGGUCUACAAGGAGUUUUGUGACUUCUACAUCAAAUUCAACAUGGCCAACGCCCUGGCCAACGCCAGCUGUGAGCGCUGCCGGGGAGGCUUCGCGCCCGCCGAGAAGAUCGUCAAUAGCAACGGCGAGCUGUACCACGAGCAGUGCUUCGUGUGCGCGCAGUGCUUCCAGCAGUUCCCCGAGGGCCUCUUCUACGAGGUAAUGAACUUCCCGGUGCUGGCAGCAGGUUGGUUCUAAAUGGCUCGUUCCCCAGGCCGUGUACGCAGAGCCCUGCACAGAACAAGACCUCCUUGUGGUCCGUCUCGAAGAAUCUGACUGCAGUCAGAGUGGAUUCUUGUGCCAUAAAAUGUACUUAGAAAGUAUUUCUAGAAAGAACUCGCUUAAGAAAGACCCUAAAGAAAGCAUCCACCUUCUUGUGUAAAUUGGCACAGGGAGAUAAGUACAGGCAGACCUCGGAUAGUGUGGGUUUGGGUGCAGACCACCCAACAAAGCGAGUACUGCAGUAAAGCGAGUCGCGCAAAUUUUUUGGUUUCCCAGAACAUAGAAGAGUUAUAUUUACACUAUAUGUAGUCCAUUAAGUUGCAGUAGCAUAAUGGCUAAAAAACAACAUACACACCUUAAUUAAACAUACUGCUGUUGGAAAAAUGGCGCCGACAGGCUGGCGGGAAGCAGGGUUGCCACAAACCUUCAGCGUGUAGAAAACACGCUAUCUGCGAAGUGCAACAAAAUGAGAUGUGCUCGUACGCAUCCUUGGGCAGCUCAUCACUCCGCUGCAACGAGCACAUCGUCGCCACCUACCAGAAGCCAAGACGCGCUUUCUCUGUAGUACCUAGAACCGGCUCCCCAAACUGAAAUUCAGUUUUCUCUUUUCAAAGAUUCUACUUCUACAUUUUAAUUUUAAAUAACUUUUAAUUACUAAUGAUUGUGAAAGUUAUCCAUCUUUUUAAAAAAUAUAUAAAUUUAUUUAUUUAUUUAUUUUUGGCUGCGUUGGGUCUUCGUUGCUGCGCGCGGGCUUUCUCUAGUCGCGGCGAGCGGGGGCUCCUCUUCGUUGCGGUGCGCGGGCUUCUCAUCGCGGUGGCUGCUCUUGUUGCGGAGCACGGGCUCUAGGCGCGCGGGCUUCGGUACUUGUGGCUCGAGGGCUCUAGAGCAGAGGCUCAGUAGUUGUGGCGCACGGGCUUAGUUGCUCCGCGGCCUGUGGGAUCUUCCCGGACCGGGGCUCGAACCCGUGUCCCCUGCGUUGGCAGGCGGAUUCUUAACCACUGCGCCACCAGGGAAGUCCCCGAAAGUUAUCCAUCUUUUAACUUUAUCCAUAUCGGAAGACAGUGAUCAAGUAAGAAUAAAACACUGCGUGUGAUUCGUGAUCCUUGCUUUGGCGCUGCGGUUAAAUCUUAGAGGGAAGCCUGUCUUCGUGGGCUGUCAGCGUUGCCCAUCAUUCUCCAAUAACGUGGAGAAGUGUUUGUACAACGGCCAAGUCACAGGCGGUUGAUUACAUGCCAUUUCCGGGGGAAACACCCAUUUGGCCCCCAGGCCCUGACACUGUGUGUGUGGCCAUGACACCACUUCCUAAAUCUCAUUUUGUGACAUCAGGGAUUUCCUCCAAAAGGAUUAUCUUAAUUUUUCCGCAAAGGAAAUGGUUUGUGACAUAAAGUGGAACCAACAGUUCCAGAGUGACGUGAUUCCAGAAGUUACCGACAGGAUGGAGCCGGGGAGGCCAGGCAGCCUGCCCAGCUCGGCUCAGGACACCCCACCUUUCUCUCUCCUUAGUGUGAAUUCCCCCAAUGUGACCCCCGCCCCCCCAUCACAAAUGCAUAACAGGAAAGACCAAUUUGUGGUGAGUGAUUCAGUGGGAAGACUUUACAAAGAGGUUACUUCUCUCAUUUCCUCUGAUACGGAAGGGAUCGUGAUUCCUCAGGAAGCUGGACCCUGGGGGCAAGGCUGGUGGGCAGGACACCUGGGAAGACUUCUCGAAUCUGUGUGUGGCUGGAAGUGAGACCAUCAGCACAGUUUCAAAUUCUGAGCUUUCUUUAAAGCGGCACGAUUCUUCUUUUCCCCCAAAGAGAAUCUUCACGGAACUCCAAACCAAACUGAGAACCAUUAAAAGCAGGGCUGUUCUUGGGCAGGGGCCCCUCCCCAUCCUGGCGGGUCCCAGGCUUCUUUGGCAUUUUGUUAAACGCUGCGAAUUUGGAGCAUUAAUUUUUCUUAUUCUACAGGCUUGUUCUAUGAUAAACCAGUUCUGGGUUGUACCUAGAAAGACAGUAUUCAUGGAAGUUUGAUUCUUCCAACGUGAUGCGUUCUGACUUUUCUUCAUUUCACACCCGAGAGUUUUACUUCGGAUCAGCAUCCGGCCUUUCUCCUGCGCUCAGAAAUCGAGCCAUAGUAUGUCUGAUCAUUUCUACGUGCUUAGAAAAGAGGCAGCUCGUUCUAGCAAAAGAAGCUCUCCCUUUGCAGAAGUCUUCAUUUGGGGGAGCACACCCCGGGCAUGCACGGGGGUUGCCAUAGGGGUGGCUUCAAAGGCCCAUUUCUGGACCCUCAGAUUCUGGUCUCAGGGACUGUUCAUCCUAAAAUCGAUUUGCCUGAUGAUAUUUUUGUAUUUAUGAUAGCGCUUAGUCCUCGCCCUUGACAGAAGGAAGGGAUGUGAAAUCCUACUCUGACGAAUUGCUCUAGGACCCCAAUCAGAAGAGAUUUUGGGGGGGGGGUCCCUAAACCCACAGGGCUACCCACCUUUCCCAGCCUUAUGUAUUCUCUUGCUAAGGAUGCAGCCCGGCUGAGGGACCGUAUUGGGUGUUCUGCAUGCAGAUAGAUGGCAGGUUUGGGAUGGGAGUCAUCAGGACAGCUGUCUUUUAGGACUUUGCCCUAACCUCGUCCCCCAAUUUCAAAAGGACUCAUCGUUUUAAGGCAGAGAGAGGCGUGGAGAGAGGCUGCGGAAGGGCGGGCGUGGUGGGAGCCAAGCAGAGCGAGCGUGACGCUCGCCGGGCCCCGAGCAGGUCAUGGUCCAGCCGGGCUGCGUCCACGGCAGGGUCCUUAAGUCCCACCGUGUCCUGCCCGCCUGAAUCACAGCUUUAAAGACUUACUCCAACCACAACCGGCCCUAAGCUUUUCAGUCUUCUACUAACAAAUACAGCACACAUGCCAACUGCUGGCCUCCUUUCGCUGUUUUUUUAAGCAAUAUGUGUCCUUCUCUUUUCAUUAAAUGCAGAGUCAUUGCUGAUCAUUGCUUUUAUUUUUCUCCUUACACUUGAUUUUCAUGGGUCUCAAAAGUCUGUGACAGAUCUUUGGUCGAGUUAUUUCCAUCGAAAAUACUGAUUUUAAAAACUGAUAAAUUAAAACUGCCACUCGCGCGCGCACGCAAGCCACAAGACACUCUACUUCUGAAGGCUUGACGACGCCUUCUUACCAUUACCCAGCCUUUCACUGGUAAACUUAAGUGGCAAAUUGAGACAGUUUGAGUCUCCUUCCUCCACUGCACAAGACGGGGUGGCAGGUUAAAAGUUGAUCAUUUCUUAGUACAGUUAUUUCUGCAUUUUUAUAUUAUGUUUCUUUAAAAAAUUACUGCCAAAAGCUCAAUAUCAGAUUUCUAUGAAUGUACACAAUAUACACUCAGUAGAGGAACAUAUCUCACUUAUAAAUAACUUCUGCUUUGGGCUACGCGUUACAAUGCAUUGUGACGGAAUAUUGAGUAAUAGUGUAUUGAGUUAAUAUCUUCUGUUUGUAACUUUAAAAACUGGACUCAUUAAAUGUAUCCGAGCUCAUUCCUUUGAGUUUAAAAAUGAAGUAAGACUUCUUCUGGCACAAGAUAAAUCUGCUUUGCCCGGAAUGCCAGUUAAGCUGUAGGGGAUAUGGUCAAUAAAUUGAAUGAGCUAAAUCUGCAGCUAAUUUCCAUAAUUGAGGAGAUUGAGUUGACAACUGGAACGUCAUUAAGCAUCGAUUUUGAUAGUCAAACAAUAUGUGAUUUUGACAAGGAACUUGUAAGGAACUCAGAGAUUCAAAGGGACGCGUUAUAUAAUUCCCAUGCCUUAAUUACGGGAAAAGGGUACAAGCAACCCCCCAAAUAGAAGAUAAAUCUAGAAUUAAUGCUGAACCCUGAGCCUUCCAGGGUCAGUCAUCUUUAUCCACGGAAGCGUGCAAUAACGGCAAGGGUAAAGAGGCCCUGCUCAUCUCAGUAGGGUUUGCGUCUCAUGUAAAUAAUUAAAUAGUGAAUAAAAUGUAACAUUCGUAACAUACCUAUGUUUUCAUCAUUUGUAUACCGGUAAUCAUUGUAAUGAUAACUUAAUCCAGAAGAAAAAGAAUGUUAACCUUUAGGGCCUUAUGGAUUUGGAAAGUAAAACAAAUUUUAAAGUUUCACAAUACAUUUUAAUUGCAGAGAAAUACGGUAGGAUGAUCAGUUAAAGACCUCAGCGGAAAAAGUAUUGCUGUAGCAUAAAACUUUUGGGGGGAAAUGAAAGGAAAACAGUUCAAGGAGAGAAAUGAAGGAUACAUUUUCCACCUGUAGGAAAAGACUAUUUUUUAAAACGGGUUUUGGCCCCAUUUAAAAAUGUUUACAUUUAAAAAAAAACAUGCUAGCAUAUUUACUGUUCGUAAGUACGUAUUUUCAACGUGGGGGGAGGUUUGUACGUCUGUGCGCAUUUUCCGGGGGGGUGUCUGUGGCUCUUGUCCGAUCCCUCCAGGUGGAGCCAGCGUGGAGGAGCUCACCCUUCUCUGGGGGCAGAGGAUCAGCUCUGCCCUCAGCGGGCCUUUCCUGUGCCCACGCUAGGUGCCGGGAAGGUACCAAAGUGUGUCUGCCUUUGCAUAUCUCAGGAGGAUUACAGAUUCUGGGCAGAGCUCUAGUCCAGAAACCUCUUUCCUACAGUCUCCGCGGAAAACUUCCAUUCAUCCCGGGAUUGUUUCCUAUUUACAAGUCGGUGG